AAUCCCCUUCGGACUUCGAUAUAAUUCAAUAAUAUACGGUGCUCCGGACCUCGCGCUCGCGUGUCGAUGGAUGCCGAUGUAACAGCAUGAACUUAAAAUGGACCGUCAAUAUAUUCCCCUUUUUGGUACUACGAUGUCCGGUACAUUUCGGUGUCUCUCCAACAUGGUCCGAAACCUGCCCUUGGGGUUGGAAUUGUGUACGCCCACAGAAGGGAUACGGACAGACGCGUCCCAUAUAUAGCAAACACCCACCCUUUGGAGUUGUCUAGUGUCUUCAUUUCUCCAUCAUCAACACUUCCAACAUCUCAUCUUCGCAAGCCCUCCCAGAAGCCGCCCUUAUAUUGUCUUUAACGAUUAUACUCUCCCUUUAUAUUAACUAGCUUCAAUAUAUUCAACAUGCCUAGCGCUACCAACCAAGCCAAGCAAACGAGCAAGUAUGAUGCUAUCCCGGGUCCUCUUGGUCUUGCAUCUGCCUCUCUCGAGGGCAAGGUAGCUCUUGUUACCGGUGCUGGGCGCGGUAUUGGUCGGGAGAUGGCUCUUGAACUUGGACGCCGCGGCGCUAAGGUCAUCGUGAACUACGCCAACAGCACGCAGUCAGCUGAGGAGGUCGUACAAGCUAUCAAGAAGGGUGGCUCCGAUGCGGUAGCGAUUAAGGCUAACGUGUCCGACGUGGACCAAAUCGUGCAACUUUUCGACCAAGCCGUCAAGGUCUGGGGUAAGCUCAACAUCGUAUGCUCCAAUAGCGGUGUCGUGUCAUUCGGUCACGUCAAGGAUGUCACUCCGGAGGAGUUCGACCGUGUAUUCACAGUCAACACCCGAGGACAGUUCUUCGUCGCGCGUGAAGCCCACAAGCACCUCGAGGUCGGCGGUCGCCUCAUCCUGAUGGGCAGCAUCACGGGUCAGGCCAAGGGUGUCCCGAAGCACGCGGUUUACUCCGGCAGCAAGGGUGCUAUCGAGACCUUCGUCCGCUGCAUGGCCGUCGACUUUGGUGACAAGAAGAUCACCGUCAACGCCAUCGCGCCCGGUGGUAUCAAGACCGAUAUGUACCAAGCUGUAUGCCGAGAGUACAUCCCCGGUGGUGAAAAGCUGAGCGACCAGGAUGUUGACGAGUACGCCGCCACGUGGUCGCCUCUCGGCCGUGUUGGCCUUCCCAUCGAUAUCGCCCGUGUUGUCUGCUUCUUGGCAUCCCAAGACGGCGAGUGGGUAAACGGCAAGGUCAUCGGUAUUGACGGCCAUGCCAUGAUGUAAAUAGGAUGUUGCGGUAUUAUUUACACGGGAGGUUCAAUAGAUGGGAGGUCACUUUGCUGUCGCAUGUUACAUAUACAUAUCUCCUUAGCCGGCACCCAACCGCGGAUACGUACGGCCUAGCAUAACACACACUACUAUCAUCGAAGGAAGCUACUGCACGUUCUCGUUGCAUAUCUUCACCGAAAGACUGGCAGCGGUAAGGCGCGGCAUGUCCUGUCAGGUGGUCAUUACAUGGUCAUUACAU